UAACACAGAAAAGACUUCAUAGUCCAACCGCUACAAAAACCAGACCUCCAAUGGCGGUCACAACUGGGUGCCGUUUCUCUCCCGCCCUUCCUUGUCGCUCCUCUCCCACACAAAACCCUCAUAAACCCAUUACUUCCCUUCUGUGCCCCAGCUCCGUCAAACCCAUUUUCGCUUCCAGGCCAAACCCUUCCAUUUCACUCUCCAGGUCCAGAAUUUCUCAUUCCAUAGUGGUGGCACCGAAGCGAGCCUACCGGCUAUUGGCAAUUUCUGGAUUGGUGGAAGAUAGUUCCGAGACGCAACCGGAAUCUGAACCGAAUGUUUCGGGCACGGGUGUGAAUAUUGAUAUAAAACUUCCAAGAAGAAGUUUGCUUGUACAAUUUACUUGUAAUGUGUGCGGUGAAAGAACAAAGAGGCUGGUCAAUCGAUUAGCCUAUGAGCGGGGCCUUAUUUACGUACAGUGUGCAGGGUGUCUCCGUCAUCACAAAUUAGUUGACAACCUUGGCCUCAUGGUUGAGUAUGACCUACGGGAGGAUAUUAAUACGGACUCAAAUACUGAUAAAGUUUGAUAUGUGGUGAUCAAUUCAAUAUGUUCUGAGUUUUCUUUUGGAUAGUUCCAAGAAAAUGGCUCUUUAUUACUCGUUCCUGUAUCAAUAUGUUCUGAGUUUUCUUUUGGA